AUGGCUGAGUUCAGGGUGAGGGUAUCCACUGGGGAGGCCUUCGGGGCUGGCACGUGGGACAAAAUGUCUGUCAUCAUCGUGGGGACCGAAGGAGAGACCCUGCCACUGCCCCUGGACCAUUUCGGCAAAGAGUUCAGCGCCGGCGCUGAGGAGGACUUCAAGGUGACGUGCCCCCAGGACGUGGGCCGGGUGCUGCUGCUGCGCGUGCACAAGGCUCCCCCCACGCUGCUCCGUCCUUUCUGUCCCCUGGCCUCGGACGCCUGGUUCUGCCGCUGGGUCCAGCUCACGCCGCCCCGGGGCGCCCCCCUCCGCUUCCCCUGCUACCAGUGGCUGGAGGACCAGGGGAGCCUGGUACUGCGGGAGGGGACAGCGAAGAUUUCCUGGGAGGACCGCCACCCCACCCUCCAGCAGCAGCGCCAGGAGGAGCUGCAGGCCAGGCGGGAGAUGUACAGCUGGAAGACUUACAUCCCAGGCUGGCCUCGCUGCCUCAACGAGGAGACCAUAAAAAACCUGGACCUCAACAUCAAAUACUCUCUGGCAAAGAACAUCACCUUCUACCUGCGAGGCAGCUCGAUGUUGGCACAUCUGAAACUCAAAGGGCUGCUGGACCGCAAGGGGCUCUGGAAGAGCCUGGAGGAGAUGAGAAGUGUGUUCAACUUCUGGAAGACCCCAGCCGUGGAGUAUGUGUUUGAGCACUGGCAGGAGGAUGCCUUCUUCGCCUACCAGUUCCUGAAUGGCCUCAACCCGGUCCUGAUCCGCCGCUGUCGCCACCUCCCAAAGAACUUCCCUGUCACUGAUGCCAUGGUGGCCCCAGUGUUGGGCCCCGGGACGAGCCUGCAGGCUGAGCUGGAGAAAGGGUCCUUGUUCCUGGUGGAUUACGGCAUCCUCUCUGGCAUCCGCACCAAUGUCAUUAAUAGGAGGCCUCAGUUCUCCGCGGCCCCAAUGACCCUGCUAUACCAGCGCCCAGGGUGUGGGCCCCUGCUGCCCCUCGCCAUCCAGCUCAGCCAGACCCCUGGGCCCGACAGCCCCAUCUUUCUGCCCAGCGACGACAAGUGGGACUGGCUGCUGGCCAAGACGUGGGUGCGCAAUGCCGAGUUCUCCAUCCACGAGGCCCUCACACACCUGUUACAGGUACACCUGGUGACCGAGGUCUUCACCCUGGCUACGCUGCGCCAGCUGCCUCACUGCCACCCACUCUUCAAGCUGCUGAUCCCACACACACGGUACACCCUGCACAUCAACACGCUGGCCCGUGAGCUACUCAUUGCCCCCGGGAAGGUGGUGGACAGGUCCACAGGCCUUGGCAUUGAAGGUUUCUCUGAGCUGAUACAGAGGUACAUGGAACAGCUGAACUAUUCCGUCCUGUGUCUGCCUGAGGAUAUCCGGGCCCGAGGAGUUGAAGACAUCCCAGGCUACUACUACCGGGAUGAUGGGAUGCAGAUCUGGGGUGCAGUGGAAUGCUUUGUCUCCGAAAUGAUCGGCAUCUACUACCUGAGCGAUGAGUCUGUCCGUGAUGACAGUGAACUCCAGGCCUGGGUGUGGGAGAUCUUCUCCGAGGGCUUCCUAGGCCGGGAGAGCUCAGGUGUACCCUCCUCCCUGGGGACACGGGAAGCCCUGAUACAGUAUGUCACUAUGGUGAUAUUCACCUGCUCGGCCAAGCAUUCCGCUGUCGGUACAGGGCAGUUUGACUUCAGUGCCUGGAUGCCCAACCUGCCACCUACCAUGCAGCUGCCACCGCCCACCUCUAAAGGCCAGGCAAGCCCGGAGAGGUUCAUAGCCACCCUCCCACCAGUCAAUGCCACAUGUGAUGUCAUCGUUGCCCUCUGGGCACUGAGCAAGGAGCCUGGAGACAGACGGUCCCUGGGCACCUACCCGGACGAACACUUCACGGAGGCGGCCCCGUGCUGGAGCAUCGCGGCCUUCCAGAGCCGCCUGGCUCAGAUCUCGCGAGACAUCCAGGAGAGAAACCAGGACCUGGAGCUCCCCUACACCUACCUGGACCCUCCCAUCAUCGAGAACAGCGUCUCCAUCUAAAUCCCCUGGGGAAA